AUUGUGUCACGAUAAUCUAUCUUACUAAAUAUUUUCUCUAAUAUUUUAGUAUUAAUUUUAAAAUGAUAGAAAUUAAAAUUCCAAUUUUUAGCACCAAACGUCUACCAAAAAUCAAAAUUUUCAUAUUCAUAUUAAUGACAAUGAGUAUAUCGGCCGUGUUCAUGAUUUUUUUCAGAACACAGGACCUAAUUCAAACCACCGGUGAUACGUUUUGUGGUGAAAACAAUUUUGGUAGUACAAGGUUAAUGAGGCUGGAACAAUUGUCUUACGGUGACAGAAACAAAAAGCAAAUGUAUUUUUUGCCGAAAGACUAUAAGUACGUGAUCGCACCUUACAAACGGAUUUUAAUCCAAAACAGCAUUGGCACAGAACGGGAACUUCUCAAAUUCGAACAGGGCGAUUUCAUUGGAUGUCCCGUGAGUCAAUGUUGGUUAACCUACAARUCACUGGGUUCGAAUGUUGACGCGGUACUUUUCAGGGAUUAUUGCAAACGCCCUGAAUAUCGAAGGCCGCCCAAUCAGUAUGGUUACUUCAUGAAAAAUAAUUUGCUUUUAGCUCGGGACGAAGAAAAAAAUUACACUCUACACAAGACUAAGAAAGUAGCGUGGUUCGUCUCAAACUGCAAUCCGAACAGCAACUAUACGAUAUAUUAUGCAAACGCACUUGCAAAACACAUUACGGUUGACGUGUACGGAGGCUGCGGGAAGAAUAAAUCUCCCAAAACAAAAGAGAUGGAAUGCUUUAAGAUGCUCACAAAUGAUUAUAAAUUUUAUUUGUCUUUUGAAAACUCGCAUAGCGUUUAUUAUGUUACAGAAAAAUUGUUAGUCAAUGCAUUGAGUAAUGACGUGUUGCCGAUCGUUAUUGGGCUGAAACGGAGGGAUUACGAAUUGAUGGUGCCGGAGAAUUCAUUCAUUCACGUCGACAAUUUCCAGUCACUAAAAGAGCUAGCCAACUAUUUGCUCUUUUUAGACGAAAACCAUCAACUGUGCAACGAAUACUUMCGAAUAARAGGCUCGGGCACGGUAAUUCAGGAUACCCGGUUUUACUGMCGGUUUUGCGCGAUGCUCCACGACACGAAACGUGUGCCCAGACACUACGAAGACUUCAACAAGUUGUGGAAAGGACUUGGCAUAUGCCAAAGUUGAUAAUAUAAUAUUAAAUAAAUAUAAACUUUUGUGCUUUGUGUUUAAUGUAUGUACGAUAUUACGAUUUUUCUAAGUACCUAUCAUCGCAAUAACUGUUCAAUAUUGUCAUCGUAAAACUGGCAACGAUGACUGCUUUUUGURAUCAUAAUUUGCGUUGAAGGUAAAUUAUAUAAUAAUUGUAUGUCAAGG